AUGAGCGUCAGGUCCGUCGCAGAAAAAAUAGCGGAGACUCUCCUCGUCGCCCUCUUUAUAAUCGGCUUGUGGUUCGUCUGGGCAGUGUCCUUAAUCUUCACCGGCCUCUGGUAUGUGCUUCAGCCGACGGAGAUUCUGAAGAAAAUCCUUAAGAAGGGUGGCCGUCCACCAGUCGCUCUGUCACGCUCUCGCCGCUCUCUGACCCUUACUCUGCCGCCGCAGCAGGAGGAUGUCCAGCAACGAUCUCACGACCAGCUUCAGUCCCUGUUUUUCACGAAGCUGGCCCCUGAGAUCCGCAGCAUGAUAUAUCGCGAGAUCCUUGUGCUGUCAAAUGCGCUUCAUGUCCGGCGAACCCAUCGGAGACUCUGCAGCAUGCCGUGUAGGAAUCUAAAUCCGCAGGCGGAUAUGCAAAAUGAUACUCACGGCUCCUGUUACCCUCCUUGGGCCGACGACGACACGGUGGCAAGGCGAUUGCCCGGCGAAAGCCCCCAUCAGGACCAGAUAUUACCGCUGCUUUGCAGCUGUCGCAGAGUGUACACCGAGGCGAUUGGUCUCCUCUACGAAGAGAAUAAAUUCCACUUCGACAGCCCUCUUACGAUUCAGGCAUUACCACUGUGUAUGGUUCCUCGUCGACUGGCAUCAAUACGAUAUAUGCGGCUUGAUACCCAAGCUUUUGAGGAUCGGACCAUCGUCGCCAAUGUUCUCUCCUCCUGGGAGCAGGCAUGCGCUGUCCUUGCGGGCAUUGAGGCGUUGGAGGAACUUGUCGUCACCUUACGCUCACUCGACAUGGGAACAUUGUACAAGCCGCUUCCUCUACUAACUCUCCUGAGGCCUUUGACAAAGAUCCGGGCCUCGAGGUUUGUAGUGCAGGUGCCCCCGCAUGAUGAUCCAGAGGGGAUUGUCGGCGGGCUGGGAGUUGCACCGUUUACGCUAGAAACAAAGGACUCCCUGCAUGGAACGAUUUAUCGAUGCUCCUGGUGGGGAUCGGAGAGACCCAGGUGGUUGCCUCCACUAUGA